AUUCCUUCCAAACUCACAGGAUUUCGACACCAUUUCACUGGAAUCCGACCCACUUUGCCGUGGCAAAAACCAGACACCUGGAAUUUGGAGCCAUUUCAUGCUACUGUGGGGCAAUUUCCGGUGAAUUUGCCCAAAUCGUGAUGGAAGAGAUAGCGGGAGUGGCCGUGAAAAUUUACGACUCCAUGAACCAAGACAACCCCAAUAACGAUGGAGUUCCGCAAAGAGGGCGAAAGAGGCAAGCGAUUGCAAAGAAAGUGCAGAAGACAUUUGCACGCACAUCCAUGCUAGUGAAUUUCUUACCUACAGGCACGCUCCUGACCUUCGAGAUGCUCCUGCCCACGAUAUCGAACGAUGGGCAGUGCACCCAUGUUAGCACAAUAGCCACCCAUGCAUUGCUUGGCCUUUGCGCUGCGUCGUGCUUCCUCUUCCACUUCACUGAUAGUUUCAGGGCCUCAGAUGGAAAGGUGUACUAUGGAUUUGUUACACCAAGUGGGCUCUCAGUUUUCAAGAGUGGGGUUCCUGUUGAAGUGCCCAAAGAUGAGAGAUUUCGAAUAGGGUUUGUUGACUUGUUGCACGCCCUCAUGUCGGUUUUGGUGUUCGUUUCGAUUGCAUUCUCGGAUCAUCGAGUGGUGGAUUGCUUGCUUCCCAAAGUGAGUGAGAAGGAUAUGAAGGUGGUGAUGGAUGGGUUCCCUGUGAUGGUUGGGAUCAUUUGCAGUGGCUUGUUUUUUGUAUUUCCAAAUACGAGGUAUGGAGUUGGGUGCAUGGCUGCUUGAGUGAGGGACGAGUGAGAACGUUUGUUCAGCAACUGUGGUUGCCUCUCUCAAUCUCUUUCAUGUUUUGAGAAACUGUGGUUGCCUCUUAUCUCUCAUGGUUGCCUCCCUCUCUCAUGUUUUGACAACUGUGGUUGCCUCUCUCUUUCCCUCUCUGCCACUUUCUCUCUCUCUCUGUCCUCAUGUUUUGAAAACUGUGUCUGCCUCUUUUUAUUCUCCCUCUCUCUUUCCUCAUGUUUUGAAAACUGUGGCUGCCUCUUUUUAUUCUCCCUGCUCCGGUUGCCUCUCCCUACGUCUCGGUUCAAUGUGCUUCUCUCUCACUCUAACUCAAUUAUGCUCUUUGUUCUUGUUUUAACCGGUGGCU